GUUAGAGCCUGGUCAAAAGCUUAGUUUGAUGUCGAGAGUGAACGUUGCUCUUUACCUGUACAUUUACUACAAUAUCUUGGCAAAUCAUAGAUCUGACCCAAACUCUGAAAGACGGCGGAAACGAGAAGCGGGAAUCUCGCCGUUAUGCCUGGACGACUUCCAACCAAAGACGACUUCCCCUCAUCACUCACUCUUAGUAUAACUCCUCCACCUUCGGCUCAGCACCCCACAAACAUCCUCAUUCUCCUACACGGCCUUGGAGAUACCAAUGCCUCCUUCACGAAGCUCGGCCAGCAAUUAUCGCUCCCAGAGACAGCAUGUAUCGCCUUGCAAGCGCCCAAUCCACUUCCUUUCGACCUUGAGGGCUUCCAUUGGGGAGAUGACUUAAUCUUCGAUCAGCAGACCGGCGCCAUGGACGUGGACACCGGCUUCAAAACAUCGACUCGCAUCGUCGUCGACAAGAUCAUCAAGGAUGGCCUCAUCUCCAAGUGCGGCUACAGAGCCCGCGAAAUCAUGAUCUUCGGCUUCGCACAGGGCGGCAUGGUUGCCGUGCAAGCAGCAGCUGAAUAUGAUGGAGAGGAGUUAGGCGGUGUCAUAAGCAUUGGAGGUCCCUUAUCACUAUCCGCACCGCUCACCGCGCUGCAGAAGAAAAGCAAGACGCCUCUACUCGUUAUCAAGAGCUCCAAAGGUUCGGCCAUUACAGAUGGAGCUAUUGCAAGAUUAAAAGAUGCUUUUGAGUUCGUCGAGGUCAAGGAGUGGAGGAAGAACGGGGAUGGGAUGCCGAGCAGUCGGGAAGAGAUGUUGCCUAUCAUGCAGUUCUUUGCGAGGAGACUGAGGAGUACGAGGGGUGUGCCUGCUGGUAGCGUUGAGCUUACUUGAUGGAUGUAUCGGCGAGGUCGCUAAUAUAAGGGCUACAUUCUCUCUUACAUGGAACAAAGUUUGUAAUCUGCAUGUUUUCUACUUGCAGCUGGGAUGUUGACCUGCGCAGAAACAGAUGGGGAAGAGAGGGUUGCAGUAGAGUAGUUCUAGAUUGCGGUAGGAAGGUGAUUUGUUUGAGGAAGAUGGACUGGUGGGGGAAGCGAUAGAUUAUGGAUGAGGAGAAUCGGGGAAUAAUGGACGAGCUAAUGAUCAGAGGGUGCCCUUCGUUGGAUGCGUGACCAAGAAAGAACGGUCAUCAAUUGGUAUCAGGGAGCCGGAAGCCAUCAGU